AUGCUGAGAGCGACAUUCUAUAAGAAAAGUGGUGGUAUGGCCAGGAUCAUGUUUAGCACAACAAAAAACAACAUUACAUCAGCUAUAACCUGUGUUCAAACGCUUCAGAGUACCUUUGCUAGCAUUAUGGGCGAUAUCCAAGCAAAGCAAGCCGAGAGAUAUCUCACGAGACUUCAAUCUCACGCUGACAAAUAUCCUUAUCAAGUGUUUUCACACUAUAGAAAUAUGAUUGACGUUAAGAUCGGAAUUCAAUUGAUGUGGGACACAAACCAAUCACCAGUAACAUGUCGCCUG